UGCAACAGGCUACAGCGUACUACGCAUUAUUUCCUCUAUCAGCUUCAAAUUAAUCAGCUAUUUAUACUUCCCUUUCUCUCAUCUCAUCUCAUCUUUGUUCAUCAUCACAUCCAUCCUUUCUUCUACAAUGGAGUUGGGCAGUGCUCUUCACUUUCUGGACAACAGAGCCAUUCUUGUCACCGGCGCCACUGGCUUCUUAGCAAAAAUUUUUGUGGAGAAAAUACUGAGAGUUCAGCCAAAUGUGAAGAAACUGUAUCUUCUCCUUAGAGCUGCAGAUACCACCGCCGCCGUACAGCGUUUCAACUCCGAGGUAAUGGCAAAAGACUUGUUUAAAGUUGUGAAACACAAAUAUGGAGAAGAGCUGAAUUCCCUAAUGUCGUCAAAGAUUAUUGUUGUGGCCGGUGACAUUACGUACCAAAAUUUGGGCAUAAAGGACACUAAUUUGCUGGAUCAAAUGUGGAGGGAAGUAGAUGUUGUAGUUAACCUAGCUGCAACUACCAGCUUUGAUGAAAGAUACGAUGUGGCCAUGGGGAUUAAUACAAUGGGACCUAAACAUGUACUAGACUUCGCCAAGAAAUGUCAAAAUUUAAGGAUUCUUCUCCACGUAUCCACUGCCUACGUGUCUGGUGAAAAGGAGGGGUUGAUACAGGAGACUCCAUACCAAAUGGGUGAAACACUGAAUGGAAAAUGUGGGUUGGACAUUGAGAGAGAGAAGAAGAUAAUUGAAGAAACUUUGAAAACCCUCAGAGCUGAGAAUGCUUCUGAGAAAUCCAUUACCUUAGCCAUGAAAGACCUGGGCAUACAAAGAGCAAGGACAUAUGGGUGGCCAAACACUUACGUAUUCACAAAGGCCAUGGGAGAGAUGCUUUUGGGGAAGUUAAGAGAUAACGUGCCUCUUGUUAUUAUACGUCCUACUAUCAUAACCAGCACUUACAAUGAACCUUUCCCCGGUUGGGUGGAAGGGAUCAGAACCAUUGAUAGCUUAGCAGUUGCUUAUGGUAAAGGAAGACUAACAUGCUUCCUUGGUGAUCCUAAAACCAUUAUAGAUGUGAUCCCGGCAGAUAUGGUGGUGAAUGCAAUGAUAGUAGCCAUGGUUGGGCAUGCAGAUGAAAGAGGGUGUGAGAGAAUAUACCAUGUGGGAUCGUCGGUAUCUAACCCAUUGGAGCUCCCGUGGAUACAGGAUUUUGGGUACCGACACUUCUCCAAGCAUCCAUGGAUAGGCAAGGAUGGAAAGCCUGUUAUCGUUGGGAAGGUGACUGUGUUAAGCACCAUGGCUAGCUUCCAAACAUACAUGGCCAUUCAUUAUCUACUCCCUUUGAAGGGUUUGGAGAUAGUGAACACUGCAUGUUGUCAGUAUUUCCAGAGUACAUACCAUGAGAUGGAUAGGAAAAUCAAGUUUGUGUUAAAGCUGGUAGACCUAUAUCGACCCUACUUAUUCUUCAAGGGACUAUAUGAUGAUAUGAACACAGAAAAAUUGAGAAGAGCAGCAAAAGAAGGGGGCAUCGAGACUGAUUUGUUCUACUUUGAUCCAAAAGUAAUCUGCUGGGAUGAUUACUUCGUGAAGACCCACAUUCCUGGAUUAGUAAAACACGUUUUCAAGUGAUUUACAUUAAUCCUAAGUCAAUCAUUAUUUACUAUGAAUCUUAGUACUGGGAAGCUGUAUUCUUAAUUAACUUGCAUACUAUUCUGUUUUUUUGUUCUACACUUGUACUGUAUCCUCUGUAUGUCAUUACCAAACUGUAUUAAUAUAUAUUGAGUGUUACUCGUA